UUCAUUGCUCUGCCCACCAUGGCCCCUAAAAGUGUCCUCGUUCUCGGUGCCAAUGGCUAUAUUGGUAUUGCUGUAUGCAGAGCGUUUGUUUCCGCCGGCUGGCAGGUAUACGGAAUGCUGAGGAGAGCCGAAUCAGUGCCAACUCUCUCAUCCCAAGAAGUGAUCCCAAUUCUGGGAUCUCCUUCAAAUCUGGACUUUGUUGACGGCCUUCUCAAACAUACUGUUACAUUUGAAGCCAUUGUCGACUGCUCGAAUCCAACCGAAUAUGAGAAAUACUUCAACGAGAGUCUGGCUCUGAUCCGACUUCUUUCUGAAAAGAGCAAUGCCAGCGGCGUUAGACCGCUUGUUCUCUGGACAUCAGGCUGCAAGGACUAUGGAUCAACCGACCUUGACGGGGCAGUUGGACUCAGUCCUCAUAUUGAAUCGUCCCCGCUCAACACGCCAACUAUCCUCAUUCCCCGGGCUCAAUUUUCGCUCAAGAUACUCGAACACACUGAUCUGUUUGAUGCUGCUGUCCUUAGACCAACCAAUGUUUUCGGAUAUAGCAGCAGCAUGUAUGGUAUCAUCUUUGACUUUGCAGCCAGUGCCGCUGCGGAUGGUGCGCAGUCGCUCACCCUUGUCGACGUUAACCCAAAAACCAUCAUACAUGCAAUGCAUAUAGAUGACUGCGCCAGCGCAUACGUGGCCCUCGCCGAACAUCCGGACAGAGGCUCGGUUUCCGGACAAUGUUUCAAUAUCUCUGGUCGGGAGUACGAUACUGUAGAGGGGGUCAUGAAUGCUCUGACGAAAGAAUACGAUAUUCCCAACCCUCCUCGUUUCGUGUCCGGGUCGGAAGCUCCCGACUUGAAACCUAAGGAUCAGUUAAUGCAGCUACUUUUCGGGUUUAGCCAAUGGGUCGGCAGUGACAAGCUUCGAAAGGUGACUGGAUGGGAAGAUAAGCGGAUCAUAUUUUCCCAGAACCUUGGAGUUUAUCGGCGGUCGUACGAGGCUGCUGUUCAUUCAGGCGACGAGGAUAUUGCAAGAAUCCAGGGGAGACAGAAUUAUUUCGUCACCGCAGUCAUCGAGGGUUUCAAAAACAGCAAGUGA